GCUCCUCCACGGCCGCCGCCCCGCCCAACGAGGAUGACGACUUUGCCACAGCUGCGGACCUGCGGUUCGAGCCGCCGCUCAAGGUAGUGCAGUACCCAGACCCCGUCCUGCGCGCACGCAACAAGCGCAUCAACACCUUCGACGACAACCUUCGCUCCCUCGCGGACGAGAUGUUCGAUGUCAUGUACAAGACUGAUGGCAUUGGUCUCUCGGCACCACAAGUUGGAGUGAACGUGCAGCUCAUGGUAUUCAACCCAGCUGGAGUUGAAGGGGAAGGAGAGGAAAUUGUCCUUGUCAACCCAGUAGUUUACAAGUUCUCGAAACGCUUGUCAGUCUAUGAAGAAGGGUGCUUGUCGUUCCCUGGAAUAUAUGCCAAUGUGCUGAGACCAGACACUGUUAAAAUUGAUGCUCAAGAUGCUAGUGGAGCAAAGAUCAAAGUUAAAUUAUCAGAACUAUCUGCAAGAGUUUUCCAGCAUGAGUUUGAUCAUUUACAGGGAAUCCUUUUCUUUGACAGAAUGACUAUGGAUGUUGUUGAGAGCAUACAUGAGCAGCUGAAGAGUCUGGAGGACAAAUACGUGGAAAUAACAGGACAAGCAAGCCCUGAAACCAUAUCAAACUACAGAGGGACAAAGGAUGUCGUUAGUUUUUCAAGAUGAUUGCGUUCUGCAAACUUUCCAAGUGCAUCAUCAAGCUGAGCUACAAAUUCAAGUGUUUGUGGAACUGUUUGUUGGUGCAUACACUGCUGUCAUUCUAGUUUUGGCAGUUUUGCUAUGUCUAGUUAUGUACAACAUUAAUGAAAUUGUACACAGAAAUUUCACUAUUUAUGAAUGAAGCAUUAUUUUCCAACAA